CCUUGCCUUUAUUAUUAACUUUGGGAUCCUUGUUAGAUUGGCGUGUGUAGUUGUGUGGCACGAGACUUGCAUGCACAGUUGCGGAGUGUACUUCAGUACUUGUCUUUCUGGCGGUGUGGCUCGGGCUCCGCUUUAUUUUGACGUUACUCUACCCCCGGCCCCAUGCUUUCACGCGACAUGACCUGAAUACCUCCUUCAAGAGUAUGUCAAAUUGGUGAAAUUUUUAUUUUGGGAACUGCAUCGCAUUCUCUUGCUUGGUUGGUGCUCUCAACGUCAGAUUCAUGCUGAGCUACAUGUUUUUGUUUCUAAUUGCUGUGACCGUAUGAGUCCUAAACCGGAGCGCCAGCUGCGAGUGCGAAGCACCUCGUCCUCUGUUGCCAUACCCAGUAGAGUAUUACUAUUACUAUCGUUGGGUGCAGCCUGCCUUGCCCAGUGAAUUGUAGCAAAACCUCCUCACCGCCACUGUACAACGAGAGUGGGUGUAAGUCGCGUUAGUUGCUGAAAUGCCUUUUUCAGCAGAAAGGGCAGUGCCUCCGUCAAUGCCUCUGACCAGCACGCAGCUCAAGAACCUGGAGAAUCACAAUUAUAGCUGCGCUGGAAGGUCUUUGGCUGAGUACCCAUUACAGUAUUUCUGGAAUUGGCUGGUGAGAUUCGUUCCUAUUUGGGUAGCACCGAACACGCUGACAGUCAUUGGACUGGCCAUCAAUACUCUAUCGACUCUAGUCCUCUUCUACUACACCCCGCACGCCUCCGAGACAGCGCCAUCCUGGGUCUACUUUCUAUGUGCGAUUAGUUUCUUCGUCUACCAGGCGCUGGAUGCUAUCGAUGGCAAGCAUGCGCGGCGUACAAAUUGCUCGACACCCCUCGGCGAGCUCUUUGAUCACGGCUGCGAUGCCGUAUCGUUAGCUUUCGUUGGCCUGGCUGUGCCGUGUUCAAUGCGCCUGGGUGACUACCCUCUCUAUCUCUUUAUAUCUUACCUCACCACGCUAGUAGUCUUCUACUGUGCUCAUUGGAGAACAUACAUUUGCGGAACGCUAGAGUUUAGCCAAAUUGAUGUGACAGAAGCGCAGUUGUCCAUGAUGAUGGUUCAUCUGGUGUCUGGUGUCUGCGGACCGGAAAUCUGGAGAAAGACAGUGUUCAGCUGGUUCUCAAUGGAUAUUGACAUUCAGUUUAUUCUACUGAAUGUGUCAAUAGGGGCUGUCAUUGUUAGUGUACUUCGCAGCAUUCAAAUUGUAUUGAAAGGUGGACAAGGCAAGAAUGGAUCAACAAUUGCAGACACUAGUGUUCUGUCUCCGUCGAUACCGGUGCUAGUUGUCCUGUUCCUGUCCGACUAUAUCUACCGCACGUCACCCGCUCAAAUUCUUCAAACACAACCUGUUAUAGGUGGCCUAUUGAUUGGAUUUGUCUGUGCCAAGCUGUGUAUUAACCUUGUGAUUGCACAUAUGUCCAAAAGCGGGAUGGUGCUGAUGGACCACAUUCUACUUCCGCUGUUUGCGGUCUAUGUCAAUAUAUUCAUUGGAUCGCCGGUACCGGAAUUCUACUGGACCAGUCUUAUGAUGGCCUGGGCUUGUUAUGACGUGGUCUCAUCGUCUAUAAAAGUCUGUCAGCAACUUUGUGUUCACCUGAACAUCUACUGCUUCUACGUUGGCAAGCGCUCACCGCCAUCACCACAGGCAGACCCGGCAGUUCCGCAAACGUGAUGAUCCCCAUCCUGGCACGGCACGGAAGAUUCUAUCGCCCGUGUUUCUCGUCAUGGAAUGGUUUCUACCGUGAUUUGUAUUGUCACUCUGUGCUGUGGUGAUUUGAACUGAACUCUGGCCACGUUGCCUAGCAGCACCGGUGGUGACUGUAGACGUAGGAGUACCGCCUGUACCGUAGUUUACUAGUUAUAGCAAUGUGCCUGAGCUACCAAGCUCAACUCGUCAAUCACCUUCAUGUCUAUGUCCGAUGGUUUGAGCCGUGUGGCUGUAUCUCCUGCUCGCUGCCAGCACUGCCACUGUUCUUCCGAUCCGCACCAUCAGCAACAGCUGCACCGCCGCCGCCACCAAUGGCAAUGCUGUGACCAUAGUUUCUCCGUAACUUCGUAAGGACACUGGUAUGUCUGUGCGCCCGUGUGUGCGCUCGUGUGUAGGCGUGUACAUGUGUGCAAUGGGACUUGUGACAGUGUCACUCCCUGGUGCACGAUGCAGCUACACUUGAAUCAUGCUACUUUGUUCGACAGAAAAAUUGACGCCGGUUUCGCCAAUGCUGCCAUCACGUGCGCUGGAUCGUGCCUAUCACAGCCGCUACUUCUUUGUCUAUGUUUUUCAUGCCCAUACAUGUAACAUAGUUGUAUUGUUCAUCUUCACCAGUCAUAUGUGGGGUGGUUGCCGUGUGAUUGUGACCAUUGCCACGUGGUGCGAUUUACACCCUCAACUUCUAGCUCCUCCAUCCGUCGGAGUGCCAUAUUUUUAGCUACCGGACCAGUUCGGCCGUCAUCUCUGGUAAACCAUUGCGAAAAAUUGAGUAUAUUUGGCCAUUCGCCCGCCCUGCCACAGUUGCUGCCAAGAUUUGACAUGAAUUCCCCGAAGUCUCCCUACCUUUCGAUGGACUCAAGUUUCUUUUUCCUGUUGGGUCGUAAAUUGUCCAUGUGGUUUUUGUCCCUACGUACAUUUCAAAAUCGUUUGUUGUGUUUACUGUGUCACCUUGUCAGGUAGCCUCUUGCACAGCGCAAGGUUUUUUGUUGUUGUUCCGUUUACCGCAUUUACUUUAUUACUUGGCAUAUAUUAUUAGUAUCAUUAUCUAGUGGCAUUUACACUGACGUCGGGGGUUUCUGGUUGCCCAAAAUGACUUGAUUCAUCUGUCUAUUUUAAAACUGCUCUAUGCUUUUUCCUCGGAGAUUUGUGCUUUUAUGUUUUGUACUGCCCUGCCCUGCCCUGCCCCGUAGUGCCAGCCAUGCAGUCUUGCACUUUCUCAACUUGUACCGAUAUGCGUCAAUAGAGUACAGUAGUAGCCGCUUACAAUGUUGUACAGUGUCCCGCAGUGUGCUGUCCUUGCUUGUUUGUAUUUGUAUUUUGUAGUUAUGGAAUUUCCACAGGCCUUAGCCUAGAUCGAG